AUGUCAGCGCUGCAGCAGAUCAUUCUCCACCCAUACCUUUCGCAACUCUUGCGAUUCUGGUCCACCACCGUCGGUAGGGACAAGACCUACCGUACCAUCCAGUAUGCCGCUCGCUUCCUCGCAUGGUACGAAUACCGCAAAGGUGCUACCAAAGAGACCGUUGCUCGCUUGACCGCACUCAAGGCACAAUUGGGUCUCAGCCGAAAGCUCAUGCGUGUUGGCAAAUUCCUCGAGCACUUCCAGGCCGCACUCAAGGCCACCACCAUUCAGGACCCUGUCGUCUCCUAUGCUGCUAUCGGACGACAGCUUGGAUACGGCUUCUACCUCAUCCUCGACACACUCCAGUGGAUCCACGGCGCCAAGGUCUACCAAUUUGAAAAGACGACUGCCGACAAGAUCUCCAAGAAUGCCUCCCGAUUCUGGCUUCUCGGCCUCACUUUCUCCCUCGCCUCGGGCAGCUACAAGACCUACGUCCUCCAACAGCGCGCCGCUAGCGCCAAGCGUCCUCGUGCCACCGCAGAGAAGGAGGCGGACCGCAAGGUCGAACUUGCUCAGAUCUCGACAGAACAGGCUGCUGUUCGCUACCAGAUGACUCAGGAUGCACUCGACUGGCUCAUCCCCGCUACUGGCGCCGACAUUCUUGGCCUCGACGAAGGUAUUCUUGGUCUCGCCGGAUGUGCUUCUUCCAUCAUGGGCGCACGCACGCAAUGGCGAGCCGUUAACGGCUCCGCCGCAAAGUCCAAGUGA